AUGAAAAAAGUCCAAAAAAAAAUGAGCAAGUCUAAAGAUUCUCCAUCUUCUGACAAUGAGGCUGAAGAAGAGUUCAGCGUUGAGAAAGUGCUUGACAGACGAAUGGUUAAGGGCAAGGUAGAGUAUUUCCUUAAAUGGAAAGGGUACUCAAACGAUGAAAACACUUGGGAACCAGAAGAAAAUCUGGACUGUCCUGAUUUAAUCGCUCAAUUUGAAGAUCAGCGAAAAAAGAAAGAGGCUGCUGCUAGUAGCAAGCGGCAUGAAGAAAAAGAUUCCAAAAAACGAAAAAGUUCAAGCACCCCAACACCAACACAUGCCAAAAAAAAGAUGACAGAGGACAAGGACAAAAAACCAGAAGGAUUUGACAGAAAUCUUGAACCUGAACGUAUCAUUGGUGCCACUGAUUCAAGUGGGGAACUUAUGUUUUUGAUGAAAUGGAAAGGUACUGAAGAUGCAGACUUGGUUGCAGCUCGUGUUGCUAAUGAGAGGUGUCCCCAAAUUGUGAUCAAGUUUUACGAAGAAAGAUUAACAUGGCACAGUCCAACGCACGACGAAGAAGGCUCCAACAAACCUGAUCCUGAGUAG